AUGAAUAUCUUUGAGAUCGCUUAUUUCAGAUUUGGUAAACAGGGCAACUUUCGAGUUUUUUUAAAACGUAAAGUAAUAAAGAAACAUUUAAAUAAUCGUAAAUAUUAUGAAUUUUGUUUUGGAUGCACUGGCAGCUGUAGUUCUGUGAAUCACAGGAGAAAAUACAUGAUUGAUCUGGCAACACUGUCUCUCUUCGUUCUUAUGCUUGAAAAAGGUGACGCUCGUACUGCGCAGGCUUCGGACAUGGCAGGAAUGUGGUCACCAUAUUCUCCGCAGCAGAUUUCAAGUACUAACAAAUCACAGGUCAGUUAAUUAUUUUUAAAAAAUAUCAAUCACCAUAAGUUAUAAAUAAUGUUUUAUU